AUGUUUUUCGGUGAAGACCUUGAUGAAUACGCACCAGACGGUGGAUGUUCGACUCAAUGCGAGAUCUGUCUCCUCUGCGGACACGUAAAUGUCAUCCUGAGGCCCAUAAGGACGAACAAUGGAUAUGUACCCGUAAGCGUUCUCGCCGACGCCCUGAAGGUUGCACCCACCAAUGCCCUCACAAAUUUGUGA